CCUCGCUCUUCCCCUCCUCCCUCAACCCACUCGUCCACUCGCCACCGCCCACAGCCCCACGUCCGACGCCGCACGCCUCCGCCCGCUAGUCCUCCAUCCCGCAGGCGAGGGUUUCGCGCUCCGGCGAACAUAGAAGCUACCAUUCUCCUCCGCCGCGCUGAGUCCUCGAUCCUACCCCCUAGAAUAGUGAGCACCAGUGCACCACUACCGGAAUAUCUGAUACUUCGUCGGUUUCUCAGUGAAAACUCCGAGCAGCUGCGCUGCGUUGCCUCUCCCUCCGGUUCUCCCCCCAAAUCCUACUCUUCCUCAGCACCGCACUACUAGGCACCCGGUCUUUCUUCUUCGCUCCUUUCGCUCUCAGGAAUUUAAUGGUAUUCCUCUUCGUGCUUGACAAACUGGGCGCUGCGGCUGCGGUCAAUUACGAAGGGUAUCUGGUGGCCUGCCGCCCCCAUGAUCGCCUCCUCCUCAGCGCAAUCAUGGCUUAAGGGUGGCUGCGAGAAUCGUCUAGCUAGGGCGAUCUCGUUAGAGUUCCGGAGGGGCCGCUCUAAAGUUGGGACCUGUUCUAGAAUGAGGUUUAGAAAUUCUCUUGGUUCUAGGCUCUUCCGGUGGUGUUCUCGUGAGAAUCACACGUCCGUGAAGAAAUUGUUGGAGGUGGAGGGGACGUCGGAGAGAUCAAAGCUCCUGAAUAAUGUGUCUGUUUUGAUGGGUUAUAGUAAUGCAAAGUACUUCAGUGAGCAAGAAAGAGUCCGCAGAGAAUCAGAGUUGAUCAGUGUCUUAAAAGAAAUUGACUUCGCAGAAAUUUCUGUGAAGUUCCCAUGCAUAAAAAUUGGUGAUUCAUCACCGAUUGAACUGUAUGAUGUUUCUGCUCGCAUGGAGUGCAAAGAUAUCACGCUUUCUGAAAACAUCACAAAUUUCAUGGUAGAAUCUGGUGGAAAUUUGGAGACAAAUCGUGAACUUGCUGACAAGCACCAUCCAUUACGUCCACCCCUCACAUAUGCAAGUGAUCUGUCUGUCAGUGAAGAGAGUUUGGUCAUCUCUUCGCAUAUUUCUCAUGAACUGGCAGUUGAUGGGGAGGUUUGUCCUGAGUCAUUAGCUGACGCUACAACUCCUGAUUGUAAUGACCUGGACAAAAGUGUUAGAUGUUUGCCUGGAGAACUGGCAGUUGAUAGGGAAGCUUGUCCAGAGUCAUUAGCUGAUGCUACAUCUCCUGAGGGUAAUAUCUUGGACCAAAGUAUAAGGUCUUUGCCUGGAACAACUAGCAGGCAAUAUCGUCAGCUAGAAGACGGUGGUUUCCAUACGAUUCACAAAUUGUUGCAGCAUUUUCCCCGGACCUAUGCAGAUCUACAAAACCCUCAGGGUUUAAUAGAAGAUGGGCAGUACAUCAUGUUCUUUGGAACUGUAAAAUCUUCCAGGGGAAUAAAGCUUAAGAGUACUUUAGGUCUCUUUGAGGUUGUUGUUGCUUGUUCAGUAAUUGAAACCGAGUCAGGCUCUUCAGCUGUGAGUUCUAACUCUGGAGCAGAGAAAAAGAAGAUGAUUCAUUUGCACCUCAAGCAGUUUUACAGAGGCAUGCGGUUCUCUUCUCAGCGUUUUCUUCAGCGUGUAUCAUCAAAAUACAGUGAGGGGGAUCUUGUUUAUGUCAGUGGUAAGAUCAAGAAGGCACUUGCUAGUGACCAUUAUGAUAUAAAGGAGUUCACUAUUGAUAUGCUUGAAGAAGAGGAGCAACAAAGUACCCUGCUUGACAAGAAACCAUAUCCUAUAUAUCCAUCAAAAGCAGGAGUAGACGCAAGUUCGCUGAGACGGUCCAUCUCUAGGGCCUUGAAGUUGCUGACUCCAGACAUUGAUUCUAUUCCUCCUGAGGUUCUUGUUGAAUUCAACUUGGCAAAUCUCUUUGAUGCUUACAUGGGAAUCCACAAACCUAAGAGUCGAGAUGAAGCUGAUUUUGCUCGGCGAAGGCUUAUAUUUGAUGAUUUCUUUUAUCUCCAGUUAGCAAGACUGUUUCAAAUGCUUGAAGCAGUUGGUACCCGGGUUGAGAAGGAAGAAUUGUUAUCUAAAUGCAAAAUUAAUGAGUUAAAUGCUAUUGGUGUUGAUGGGUGGUCUCCUCUUGCAAAGAAAUUGUUGAAGGCUCUUCCGUAUUCACUUACUCCUAGUCAAUUAAAUGCUGUUAAAGAGAUUAUAUGGGAUCUCAGAAGACCAGUUCCUAUGAACAGGCUCUUGCAAGGGGAUGUUGGUUGUGGCAAAACUGUAGUUGCAUACCUUGCAUGUAUGGAGGUUAUCAACUCAGGAUUUCAGGCUGCUUUCAUGGUUCCAACUGAGAUACUUGCUGUUCAGCAUUAUGAACACCUAUCUUCAUUGCUGGACAAGUUUGACAAAGAUGAAUGCAAACCAAAUAUUGCAUUACUAACUGGUUCAACUUCCACGAGGGAGUCGAAGAUAAUUCGAAAUGGUCUCAAGACUGGAGAAAUAGCGAUGGUCAUCGGAACACACACCUUAAUAGCUGACAAAACUGAUUUUUCAGCCUUACGUAUCUCGGUUAUAGAUGAACAGCAACGCUUUGGUGUUAUUCAAAGAGGAAGGUUUAAUAGUAAGCUGUAUACUUCAUCCACAAAACCGGGUGAUGAAAAUACAAGUCCAAAUGAGGCUUCUGAUUCUGAAACAUUUAUGGCUCCACAUGUUCUUGCUAUGUCGGCUACCCCAAUUCCGAGAACACUGGCCCUAGCUCUAUACGGGGAUAUGUCUCUUACUCAGAUUACAGACUUGCCUCCAGGAAGGCAACCCAUAGAAACUCUUGCUCUUGAAGGAAAUGAUGCUGGCUUCGAAACUGUCUUCCAGAUGAUGAGGGAUGAGCUUAUCAAUGGGGGAAAAGUCUACCUUGUUUAUCCUAUCAUAGAAGAAUCAGAGCACCUACCCCAUCUUCAUGCUGCUAAAGCCGAUUUUGAUUCUAUAAAGCAGAAGUUUGAAGGUUAUACCUGUGGGCUGUUGCAUGGCCGGAUGAGGGGCGAUGAGAAGGGUGAAGCUCUGGGCAGUUUUAGAUCUGGGGAAACUCGUAUUCUCCUUUCAACACAAGUUGUUGAGAUCGGAGUCGAUGUUCCUGAUGCUUCUAUGAUGAUCGUCAUGAAUGCUGAGAGAUUUGGAAUGUCUCAACUGCACCAGUUAAGAGGGCGGGUUGGCCGUGGCGGGAAGAAAUCCAGAUGUAUAUUCCUGUCCUCCACUCCAAGCACGCUGCCAAGGUUGAAGAUGCUGGAAAAGUCAUCCGAUGGAUUUCACCUGGCUAACGUAGACCUGCUGCUGCGCGGCCCUGGUAAUCUACUUGGCAAGAAACAGUCAGGGCAUCUUCCAGAAUUUCCAAUCGCUAGACUGGAGACUGAUGGAAGUAUUCUUCAAGAAGCCCAUCUUGCUGCAGUGAGAGUUCUGGGAAGAAGCAGCGACCUCGCAUUGUUUCCACGGUUGAAAGUGGAGCUCAGCAUGAGACAGCCUUUGUGCAUUCUUGGAGAUUGAUACCAUCCCCAGGAUGGCUCAACUGAUAACGCAAUGCGAGUAUGCGACCGUGACUGGUCAUUCUGGAGGGCAAACCCGGCUUUGGCAUGCAGUCCAUCCUGGCUGGGUGGAGCAACGCUGCAAACCCUCGUCAAAUGCUGUGUAACAUUAUGUAGUAAGGACAUGGUUAAUGACGAGAUCAGUACUUUUAGGUGCUUUUAAUGCCUUUCCUUUUAAUUAAUGAGUAGUUUUUCAUUCUUUCACUCCCUCCC